AUGAAUUCAGUAUUGAAACGAUUAGUACCUCUUCUAUCUCCCUAUACAUAUAGAUCAUUACUAUCUGUACGUUUCACUCGAUCUGACAAUCGUGCAUCAGUUGCAAAAUCAAACAAUGUAAAUCCUGAAACUGUAUGUGUUAUUCCUGAUCCAACAACAAAUCGUGGUAUUAUCUAUGAACCACCAUAUCUAUUCGAAACUGAUCUUUAUCCUAACUAUUCCUUAUUGGCUGUUUCUAUACGAGGUUAUGAUUACGUUGUACUCGAAGGUUAUUUUCGAUACAUACAAAAAUUAGCUAAAUCACUCGAUAUUCAAGUACCAGAAGCUGUGCCUAUUCCAGCUAAAUCAUCUCGUGUAACAAUUCUUAAACCACGUAGUGCACAGAUUGAUGUUGAACAUCAUUUAAAUUUAUAUCAUCGUAUAGUUAAAUUUGCAAAAGUAAAAGCAACAAUAGCACCAAUAUUAUUUGAAUGUAUACGUUUGAAUGUUCCUGAAGGUGUUGAACUUCGAAUUGAUGAACCAAAUGAAGAUGAUGAUGCAUUUCGUUAUGUACCUGAUGUUGAAUUAAAACAAUUACAAAGUGAAUUACGUGCUAUUGAUCAUGAAAAAGAAGAAACACAAAAAGCGAAAGAUGCUAAACGUGCUUUAAGACAAAAAGAAAAAGCACAAUCAAUGCUUUUAUCUAUAUUAUCACCAUUUAAUGAUGAAGCACUGCCACCAUCAUCAGAUAAAGAUGAUGAAUCUAAAUAG